AUGAUGGACAUGCUGCGCCUCGAGGCUUCCGCGAAGCGUCCCGCGUCUUGUUUCCUGCACUCAUGCAUUCGGGCGGCGGCGGUUCGGCACAGUGAUACUCGAGGGAUCUGCGUCACUGCCGCCAUGGAUCCGCAGAAGCUUCUGAACGAUCUUGCAAGGCUCGCUGAUAAUCUCCGUGCAGCCGUGAGCGCAUUGCCUAUUGCUACUCUCGAUGGAGCCGAGAGGAAGGAACACAUUUUGGACGCAUGCAAUAGUGUCGCGCAACCUGCGCCGGCUCAGCUGAAACUUCCCAUCCCACCUAACAUACUGGAACCAUCUUACCUGCCGCGGACAUGUAUCGGUCUUAUUGGAAGUACUGGUUUAGGCAAAAGCACUCUUCUAUCCGGAGUCUUGGGCCGGAACAUCUCAUCUGCUGACUCCGUCAAAAGAGGGACCGCAGUGCCGACGAUCGUCAUCUACCACCCACACGAGCGCAUUGAAGCCUCGCUGACUUUCAUGCCAUUGAAAGAGGUCCAAAAGAAGAUAGAGAGCACAUUCGAGCUGCUCGAGCCAGAUGAGAGCGGACGUCUCAUGUCGAACGACGACCUUAAUCAGGACCCUUCGUACAAGUUGGUCAUUGAAGCGUUUGGUCUCACCAAGAGGGAUCUCAUGGGUAUCAAGAGGCGACCUGGUGAGGCUGCUGAGGUCGAACCAAAGUCGCCGCUCGAGAUAGUCUUGCAACUACACCCAGAACUUGUCGGACUAUUGGGCACGACCGUGAACGUCACUGGGGAGAAUGAGGCGGACUUUCUAGCCGCUCUGGCACCGUACAUGGGAUCUCCCGGACGUCAUAAGGGGUUGAAGAAAUGGGCCUUCCUCACAUCUCUGGUAGUCAAAUGCAACGCCGAAGCCGUCUCGGGUGGCUCCAUCCUUGUGGACUUCCCCGGUUCUGGAGACUCGAGUAGCAUCGUUCUCCGCGCGAUCGAGAAGGUCGAACAAUGUCUCGAUGUCAGGCUUCUCGCUGUCAUGCCCCAACGCGCCUCGACUGAGGCUGUGGUCAAAGAACACAUGGACAACGAGAUCAGACGCCGGAGGGAGAAUCAUGUAGCUGAACUACCCGGAGAAGAGCAUCGCGAGAAACCAACUCCUGCGAGUUCGAGUGGUCUCGCUAUCAUCCUGACGCAAUGUGAUAUACUCACUCGUUCGAAGGACGACCACAAGUUGAUCCAGGAUCUCGAGAACCAUGAAGACAUUAGCGAAGUCCUGACACAAGAUGCCGAUUAUAAUACGAACCUCGAACUGCUCAAGGAUGUUGAACUCAAGCAUUCAGAGCGGGUUCAAUACGUAGAGGGCCUUCGUAACGAACAGAGCGGGUCCAAUCAGGCCUUCAAACGUCCCCGAGCGUCCGGAUUUCGGUAUGAUAAUAUGCUGAAUGAACAUGAUUCCGAUGAAGAUCGGGACGACGACCACGACCCUAAGAUUCGCGAAGCCGUCAGAGAGGAGAAACAGUGGAGGAAGCGUUGCGAUCAACAUAGGGCGCAGCGGCGCAUUUCCGUCCUUCGUGCACGCUACUUGGUUUCAGGAGCGAGUGUGAGGCGGAGGUUUGGCGAUCUUGUUCUUCAAGAGAGGCAAGACCGUGAUCAGUUUGACGCCCAAGUGGGGGAAGAUGCGGUGGAUGAUGAGGAAGACUUCUCGCUCCCUGUUUUUGCAACCAGCGCUGCGGACUUUGAACAGGCGCACCCCUCUGGAGAUAAAGCUCUUGAACAACAGACCGGUGUUCCUGCUCUACGAGCAUUUAUACGUCAUGCAGGAGCGCGCGCUCAGUAUCGAGCCGUUCUGGAUCUCCUCCAGCCUUUCCGCGCUGAAGUACAAUCAACACACCUACUUCUGACUGCGAACGAUAGCGAGACUACAGGAGAUAGACUGGCACGUCAGAAAGAGCGACUCAGGGAACGAUGGGCCACUCCAACGGAGGAUGCACCGGCUGGCCCUUCCUCACGGCUCCCAGGAUCGCUCAGAGGCAAGGGCGAUAGUAUUCGUAACAGCUUGGUCAAGGCAUUCGAGAAGAGUACAGAGGCCGAACUGGAGAAUGCUCGAGAUGAACUGGAGAAACUCAGGGACACUUGUGAGAAAGGGGCCAGGAAUGCAAGAAAGGCAGCGCGCAAGAUGGUUGAAGCCCUUGUUAACGUCAAGAUGCACUAUGCUAAACAUCGUGCUGUGUUUAGGCAUCACGGUAUCUACGAAGAAAUUGAGGAUUACAAUGUCGCUUUGGCGCAACCUCUCAUCGACGCUGUCAACGAGGCCGUUGGCGGUUACUCGGGCUCAGGAAGUCUCGGCGCCCUCAGAGCCAGCCUGAUCCAAGACGGGGCGAAUGUGUUCGACGAGGUUCUCAAGUCUGCCAAGAACUGCGACGAGGGUCUUCGUGGCGAAUUACACGCACGCAUCUCACAGUCUCGGGGCCACCUAAAGAGGGAGCUUGAGCAGUUGAACCGGAAAGGGAACAGCAUCUUUUGGAACACUCACGAUCGCUCGUCCGUCGCUCAUUUCCGUGACGAGAUGGUAGACCGCCUUGAAAAGGACUACGACAUAUCCGCCGGUCCGCGUUUCAUUGGCACGGGUCGUGGGAGUCCAGCCAGGAUGAAGGCAUUCUUCGUGGACGCUGUAGACAGCCUCUCUAAGACCAUGUUCGAUGAACUCGCCCGUGACCUCGUCGAGUACCAGUACGAGGUUUUGGACGAAGUGGGGGCCCUGAUAAAGGAAACAUACAGUCGGGCUGCCGCACAGUGCGAGAUGGAGAUAUCGAAUGCUUGGGUCGUCCCCGAGCGACAGCCGGUCAUGUCGGCGCGCGAGCAAGCCGCGAGGGCAGUUGCCGAUAUCGAGCGCCAGCUGUCGACAAUGGAAAGAGAGCUGAUCGAGGAGAUGCGAAGAGCUGAGGAGAAUGUCCCAACCUGUCACCCACCUCCAUUCGAUCGUGUUGCGCAAUGA